AUGCCUCAAACGGAGGAAAUUCAAUGUCCAUUAUGUUCCUCCAAAGUUUCAAAUUUUCAUAUUAAUUUAACUUCAGAUCUAUUGAUGUGUAUUAAUGAAUCGGUUAGUAAUGCUACUGAUAUUUCAAAAUUUAUUGUGCAAAAUGAUGAACAGACAGCUCUAGCCUCUGAUUCAGAGAUUCGAAAUAGUGGGACCAACGACAUAGAAAUCCUUCCAUCAAUCUCAGGUGAUCCCUCGUUUGAUCUAAAUCCUUUUAAAAGCAAUAAUGAUCUUACUUUUACAUCGCCGAUAUUUUCUGUCGAAAAAAAUGAAGCAAUAACGGAUUUAUCACAAUUCGAUGAGAUUCUGAAUAACCUUUCGACAAAUAAUAAUGAUUUUACCGCCAAUGGCAUAGAUAUGUUGUUAAACGAAAUUGACUUCUCAUCAACAUUGGAAAAUGAUGAUGGUAGCAAUAAUUUAAAUCAAGUAGAUUUGAAUAUUACGUUACCAUUAAUAACUAAUACCGAAUUAGAAGUAACAGAUAACUUAGCACCUAUAAUAAGUGUAGAUGAUCACGUUAUGACUGUGGGCAAUAUACUUGAUUCUACCACUGAUUUAGAUGCAUU